CGAAACUGAUCAGCACGCGUGAUCUAUCGCCCGCGGGAUCGCCCGAGAAUUCUGAGCCAGCCGGCCAGCUCUCCGGUCCGGAUCGCCGGAGCAGUCUGCAAGCAGCACCACCGUCAAGUAAAGCCCAAACAUGAGUCGCACCCUAGCGAAGCAGACGAGCGCUCUCCGACGUCUCAGUACCCUUCAUGAGCAACAGAUCGCGCCGGCCGCUAUGGCCAUGAAGCUCGUUCAGCAGCAGCGACAGGCACGCCAAGUACAGCAGAAGAGAUCGGCUUCGACUCAGGCGCUCUCGCAAGAGGAGAACUUGCAGAUGCUCAACAAGCAGCGAGUCGCACGUCCCACUUCGCCUCAUUUCACCAUCUAUGAGCCUCAGUUGACCUGGCUCUCUUCAAUCGCCAACCGCGUGACGGGCAGCGCGCUAUCGGGCGGCUUCUACGCCUUUGCACUGGCAUACAUCGCUCUGCCUGCCGUCGGCAUGCCGUUCGAUUCUGCCAGUCUAGUCGAGAUUGUUCACUCGUUGCCCGAAUGGGCCAAGAUUGCCGGUAAGUUCACCAUCGGCAUACCCUUCUGGUUCCACAACUUCAAUGGUCUUCGCCACUUGUCGUGGGACAUGGGUUUCGUCUUGGGCCUCAAGGAGUCGUAUGUCGCAGGUUAUUCGGUCAUCGGCGCGACGGUGCUCGCUAGUAUUGGGACUGCGAUGAUCUGAUCCUUCAAUGCAUGUCACCACAAGCAGCGUGUGCAGAGUCUUAGAAUACAACAGUACAGGGCUUGCACAGAUUCCUACAAUUUUCCUUUUGUUUCGAGGACCUCUACAGUGACGUUCACAGUGAGCGUGACGAGAUAUGCCGCAAUGAGAAAUCCGCCCCAUCUUCUCGUCAUCCAGAACCCAUUGAGCGGCACGACGAUGAGGGUCGAGACGAGAACGACCAGUAAGCCGACGCCCGAUACGAUGAGUGUGGGUGAAAUCUCAAA